UUGCUAGCGGCUAGCCAAUAGCCAUGGUCGACGGCUUAAGAGCUACUUUCAACAUUAGAAUUGUAUUUUAACAGUUGACAGGCCUUGAAUUUUCGACUAGACGAGGUAAACUGGUCAUCCUGGAGGGUGAAUACACAUAGAUCUAGGGCAAUAUGACAAAAUCCAAGUCACAGCAUGAUAGCAAGAUUAAGAAGACAUCUUCAUGGCACUCAGGGGACUUGAAAAAGACUGCUUCACUAGAAGACCAGUUCUUCUCUGAGAGAGCUGUCACUCAUCAUUCGCCAGCUAUGGGCCGCUUCACCGUUACCAGAGUUCCAGAGGUUGGAGUAAAUCUUACAAGAAAUGCUGAUGUUCGCAGCGGCACUGACCAGUCAGAUCAGGGCUCCCGUGUCAUGCCGAUCAGCAUAUUUGAUGAGCCGACAGUGCAAAGGAAGACACGAAGCACCCCGGAAGGUACUCACCAGCUGAGCUUUGAUGGGUCUUAUGAUACUCAUACUCUCACCCUAUAUGAGGAUGAUUUGCAGGAAGGAGACACGGUUCUGAGGGUUGUCAAAAAAACUGUUGAUUCUAGUUCAGACUCGGGGAAUGCACAAAAAGCAAACCUUGGUACAUUUUUUGGUGUCUUCCUCCCCUGUUGCCAAAACAUUGUUGGAGUGAUCUAUUUUCUACGCUUCCCCUGGAUUGUCGGCUGUGGAGGCAUAAUGGAGGCCUUUAUCAUUGUAUUUAUUUGUAAUAUGAUGAGUGUGACAACUGCUUUGUCCAUGAGCGCCAUUGCCACCAAUGGGCGGGUCACUGCUGGUGGCACCUACUUCAUGAUCUCAAGGUCUCUGGGUCCUUCUUUCGGUGGUUCUGUGGGUCUGCUGUUCUUCCUAGGAACAUCCAUAUCUGUGGCCAUGUAUUAUGUUGGCACAAUUGAAGUAUUGUUGACUUACAUUGCCCCUGAAAUGGCCGUGUUCAAGUCCACUGGAGACAAUCCGCACGCUGAAGCCAAUAACUGUCGUUUGUAUGGCACUGCUCUGUUGCUGGUCAUGUCCAUAGUUGUCUUCAUUGGGGUUAAGUGUGUUUCUCGCUUUGCACUCUUUGCCAUUGUGUUCCUGGUAGCUGCGCUGCUGAGUGUCUUCGUUGGGCUGGGUAUGGCAGCAGCUGGGGCUGGUGAAACGUUCUGGGUUUGCGCCUUAGGCGAGCGGCUUGUGCGCUACAGUCUUGUACAUAACAACGGCUCGUGGGAGUGCCACAAACAGCCAUCAGGCCCCCUGUACUCUGCGUACUGUCACAAACACAAUGACUCUAUGGUGUGUGAUGACUACUUUGAGAAGAACGAGGCCAAACUCAUUCCCGCUAUUCCUGGUUUCAGUAUGAGGCUGCUUGAAGCUUCAUUCUACAAUUUUUAUACAAAAGCUGGCAACAUUCCUGGGACUGAUGUCAAGGCCAAUCCCUCAAGAGACAUUGUCACAGAUAUAACUACUUCAUUUGUGUUUCUUUUUAGUAUAUAUUUCCCGUCCAUUACAGGUGUGGAAUCAGGUUCUAACUAUUCGGGAGAUUUAAGAGAUGCUCAGAAGUCCAUCCCGAGAGGUACACUCACUGCGGUGGCUGUCACGUCCACUAUAUAUCUGUCUUCUGUUGUUUUGAUGGGAUCCUCUGUUGAAGGCAGUGUGCUGAGAGAUAAAUUUGGUGACAGCAUUGGUAUUAGUGGUGAUCUGCUUCUGUCUAUAAUGGCCUGGCCAACAAAGUGGGUGGUUUUGACCGGUGCAUUGACAGCCACAGUGGGUGCCGGCAUGCAGGCUCUGGCUGGCGCCCCGCGACUCCUACAAGCCAUUGGUGAGGACCAGAUCCUCCCUGCCUUGGGUUUCUUCUCUGUCAAAUGGCAUGGAGAGCCUAUCCGUGGCCUGUUUAUGACGUACCUCAUUGCUGAGCUUGGCAUUCUCAUCGCUUUCCUGGACUACGUCGCCCCUAUUGUCACCAUGUUUUUUCUCAUGUGUUAUGGGUUCAUCAACUUUGCGGUGACUCUCCAGUCGCUGGUGGACACCCCUCACUGGCGACCGAGCUACCGCUGCUACCACUGGACCAUCACACUGCUCGGCACGGCUCUCUGCGUCACGACCAUGUUUGUCUGCGACUGGAUUUACGCCCUCGUCGCCAUUGUGCUGGCUUUUUUGCUCUAUGAGUACAUCGAGUACAAGGGGGCUGAGAAGGAAUGGGGUGAUGGCUGCACAGGCUUGUCCAUGUCAGCGGCUAUCUUUGCUCUCAACAAGUUGAACAAAGAAUUCCAUCACACGAAAAACUGGAGGCCUCAGAUCCUUGUGUUGCUUAAGAUGGCAGAUGUAGGUGACGAUCUGACUCAGUUCUCUGUUGAUGAUUCUCGUCUUGUUAUGCUGUCAAGCAUGCUAAAAGAAGGUCGAGGCCUCACUAUGUAUGGCACCGUGAUAAAAGGCAAGCUGAGUGAGAUGUCAAAAGAGCAGGAGGAGCUGAGGACGAGAAUAAGUGAAUGCUUGAGCAAUUCUGGAGUGAAAGGUUUUGUAGAGGUAGUGAUCAACCCUUCUGUCACCGAUGGUAUGAGCUGUAUGAUUCAGUCGGCUGGACUGGGAGCGUUGAGACCAAACACCAUCAUCCUUGGGUGGCCACACGACUGGAUAGAGAAGAGGAGCCUGACCUCUUAUCAGAUUUUUCUUGAAACCAUGCGCAAUGUAGCGCUGACAAAAAAUGCGACCAUCAUUCUGAAGGCGUGUAGUUUCCCCAGUCAUCUUGCUCGCAUGUCUGGAACUAUUGAUGUGUGGUGGGUCGUCAAUGAUGGAGGGAUGCUUCUUCUCCUCGCCCACUUGCUGCGACGUAGCAAAACUUGGGGGAAAUGCAAGCUGCGCCUUUUCUCUGUGGCCCAGGAGGAAGACAAUACCGUUCAAAUCAAAAAGGACCUGAAGACGUACCUGUACGAGCUGCGGGUGGAGGGCACAGUGGAAGUGGUUGAGAUGGCAGCUGAUGACAUGUCGGCGUACGUCUAUGAGAGGACUCUGAAGAUGGAGCAGAGGACUCGAAUGUUACAAAGCUUGAUAAGGAAAAAAACGAGUAUUGUGCCAGUACCAUUGGGCUCACAGAGAAAGAUUUUGGAAAAAAAAGAAGUGCAGUCUGUUCUUGAAAAUGCUCGCAGUGCUUUUGACUUUGGUAAGCGCAAGGAAGAUUUCUCAUCACAAACUGAUAUGAUCAGCUCCCCACAGAAAGCACCUCCCAGCUCAGAGAACUUGAGGCACAUGAACACAGCCAUUGGGCUGAACAAGUUGAUCAAGGAGAGGUCCAGUCAGGCAGAUCUGGUGAUCCUCAACCUGCCAUGUGUGCCUGAGAGCUCCAAAGGACAGGCCAAUUACAUGUCUUUUCUAGAAGUCCUCACUGAAAGCAUAGAGCGCAUUCUGCUGGUGCGAGGCACAGGAAAUGAGGUCAUCACUGCCUUCAACUAACGAUGUGAUCCCUCCAGGGCAGUGCCUCUGACUGUAGUGUCUUUAGGUCAUUCCCAAAUAGGGGACAUUUCUCGUUCAAGCAC